AUGCCUUCUCAUAAAAGCUUCAGGAUUAAACGUGUUCUUGGUAAAAAACAAAAACAAAAUCGUCCCAUCCCUCAAUGGAUUCGUCUUCGUACAGGGAAUAGGAUCCGAUAUAAUGCUAAACGUCGUCACUGGCGUCGUACCAAACUCAACAUUUAA